AAUGCCAUUUGUCUCUCCGCCCACGAAGCCGACCCGUGUGUCUUUCUUUCUUUCUCUUACUCGGUCACUGAGCUCCAUUGGCGCAUCAUAUCUUCAAUGGCGUCCUUACUCAGUAUGGUUUCGGUACCACCCAGAACGUUAUCAAGCACCAGAACCCCUAGAGUCCAAGCCCGACCAUUUUACGCCCCAAGUUCCUUCUCACUCACUUCGAGGAGAUUACAGAUUAAAGCAGCAGAAACGGAGGCAAACGAAGCAGUUAAACCUCAAGCCCCAGAUAAGGCGCCGGCUAAAAAUGGUUCGAGCUUCAAUCAGCUUCUUGGUAUUAAAGGAGCUUCCCAAGAAACAAAUAAAUGGAAGAUUCGUCUUCAACUCACAAAGCCUGUUACUUGGCCUCCAUUGGUUUGGGGCGUAGUUUGUGGUGCUGCUGCUUCUGGAAAUUUCCACUGGAAUUUUGAGGAUGUUGUGAAAUCAAUUGUGUGCAUGAUGAUGUCUGGACCAUUCCUUACUGGAUAUACACAGACUCUGAAUGAUUGGUAUGACCGAGAAAUUGAUGCAAUUAAUGAACCUUAUCGACCAAUUCCUUCAGGGGCAAUAUCUGAGAAUGAGGUUAUCACACAAAUAUGGGUGCUGUUGCUAGGAGGCCUUAGCUUGGCUGGCUUGUUGGACAUAUGGGCAGGGCAUGAUUUCCCUGUAGUUUUUUACCUUGCUCUUGGUGGAUCAUUGCUAUCAUAUAUAUAUUCUGCUCCUCCUUUGAAGCUUAAGCAAAAUGGAUGGAUUGGAAACUUUGCUCUUGGAGCAAGUUAUAUCAGUUUACCAUGGUGGGCUGGUCAGGCUUUGUUUGGAACUCUUACACCUGAUAUCAUUGUUCUCACACUCCUAUACAGCAUAGCGGGAUUGGGGAUUGCCAUUGUCAAUGACUUCAAAAGCGUUGAAGGGGAUAGAGCUCUAGGACUUCAGUCACUUCCAGUUGCAUUUGGUACUGAAACUGCUAAAUGGAUCUGUGUUGGUGCCAUUGACAUUACACAGUUAUCUGUUGCUGGAUAUCUUCUUGGAGCAGGUAAACCAUACUAUGCAUUGGCUUUACUCGCCCUGAUAGUUCCGCAAGUCAUUUUUCAGUUUCAGUACUUCCUUAAAGACCCGGUGAAGUAUGAUGUUAAAUACCAGGCCAGCGCACAGCCAUUCCUUGUCCUCGGUCUCCUUGUUACUGCUCUAGCAACUAGCCACUAGUCUUCAUUGACUUGAAUGUGCAAGAAAGAUAUCCUGAAAAGCACGAAUGGAGAAAAUAAAUAUGAAGGCGAAGUGAAACAAAGCCAACGCACUGGUAAUAAAGAAUUUGGCAAAAUAUAAUACCAUAAUACAGCCAGAAUUAAGUGAGAUCAAGGCUUGCUCUCUCAUGCAUAGAGGGUCCCGGCUCUUUCCUGGUGCUUUUACUUGCAUUUCCUUCCAAGUCCACCCUACUCUCGGAAAUUUUGGUUCCUAGGGAUUUAGAUCGAGAAUGUUUGCCCUUUCUCUGAAAACUCUAAACAAGAAAUCCUUUGUAUACCAAUGCUGUCUGUUGCCACUGGUAACGUAUGUAUGGAUCUUUCCAUAAUGUGAUUUGUAACUCAUGUCUAUCA